CCCGACUUUAUGUAAAUGGGAUGCGGAAACAACGUUUGGAACUUUAAGUAACUCAAUAGCUUUGUGUCUCUCCUUCCUUGUUCUCAUUUUCCUCCGUUGUUAUGCUGUUGCUCCCCAUUACACUCCUUUUUUCUUCAUGGUUUACCUCCGUUUAUGCUGGCAGUCAAACCAAAGGCCAGAACUGCACAGUCGGUAACAACCGCCUCCAAAUCGGCACAUACCAAUUUCACAGCGACUGCGACACCCAAACAUAUUGCUCAUCGCAGGGCACUUGCGAGCUGAAGGGCUGCAGAAAGGACCAAUAUCCAUUUGGCUAUCCAAUAGAUGCAUGGGUACCACCAAAGUGUCCUUCUGGGCAGUUUUGUCCAGAUGAGGGCGAUGCGUGCCAGCCGUGGUUACCUGUUGACAGCGCAUGCCAGUUGAAUCGUGAUGACCAAUGCGAGCCACCUCCGAAUUGGCAGGAUUUGACUGAUACCUCGAAGUACGGCCGUAAUGUAAAUGGUUCCGUUUGUCUGAAUAACGUCUGCAUGUGGGCAAAUGUCACAGUCGGUCUUCCUUGUGAAGUCGAGAACACUGCCUACAUCGCGUAUGCUGGAACUGACGAGUUUAUCGAUAUUGUGUCACGAGGCAAUUGCCAAGUUGGGUUGUAUUGCGAAUCGCAAUCGCUAGUUUGCAUGCAAACAAAACAGCUAGGAGAAACCUGUGAUGCUGAUAAAGAAUGUUUGACUUUUAACUGCUUGAGUAAAGGUGUUUGCGGUCCAGGUGCCGACUCGCCAAACCACCUUGGGAUCUGGGUAUAUAGCGUGGUUGGGAUCGGUAUUUUCGGAGGCAUGUUCGUCACUCUAAUCACCUUGUUCCUGAUUCAUCGCCGUCAACGUGAUCAGGAACGCGAAAAGCGUCUCCAGUACUGGCGUGAACAGAAUCAAUUCCGUCAGAGCAUCAUGCAGAUGAAGGAAAUUGCUCGCACGUCCAUUUUGUCUCUCCCUGGCGGCAAUGGCCACAACAGUAACCGGAGUACAGUAUGCAGUCGCGCUGGGUCGGAAGAGUCGUCGACACCGAUGAUCCAGUACUCGGUCCACAAGUCAAGUGGACUAAGACAGCAGUACGUGUCAGAUGAUAACGGGAGUGCAUACAAUGAGAUGAUGAUGCAAGAGAGCCGGCGGUAGGUGUGGGCGUCGCGCGCAGGCGCUAGAUUUUAAGAUUCUCUUAUAUCUUGACGGGGACUAUUUUUUCUACCAUGGACGACUGUAUAUCUCUUCCCAUCUUAUAUAUCCAACGCAUUCCAAUAACAUCCCCUUAUAUACUUAGAAUGGACACUAAUCAUUGGCUGCGCCCAACGUCUCGACUAGACUAGCUUAUGAGGACCGGAUAAAAAUAAGCGGUUGCUGGG